AUGAAUGCACCUGACGAAAAGACGUUCAAGAUGUUGUGGCAUGAGCUGAAGAAGACAGACUGGGACUCGCGAAGGCCCAAAGGCCUGGCUGAGGCACACAACGACACGAUGAUGUUUGCGAGACGUUCGGGGCUGCUGUGCUACACGUCUCCACCCCCCCCCCGCCACGGCAAGCGUCGCUUCGUCCAUCGCUGUCUCCUUACUUCGCCUCCUCAACCACCAGAGCUCAUCGAGGAGAUCCAAUCCCAGCCAGAGACGUACGACACAGGUCAUGGCGAUGAAUCGGCAGGAGUGACUCCACCUGGGUUGGUGCCUCUUUUAUCGCCAGCAACACCAGUGUCUGGGCUUGCGCUCCCUGAGCCGGUAGCGGAUCCAGAGGUACCGGCGCCAGCGUCGGAGCCAGCACCACCGGUGUCGUGUUCUGAACCAGUAUCGCUUGUUGACGACAUGGAGCCAGAAUCACCACUGCCAGUGAAUACCAAUACGGAAGAGUGCCCUGCAGAAGGCGAAGAGGAGAGCAAGAACGACGGCGAUACCCGAAAUGAUUUUGGCCCCUCCGACAGUUUCAUGGCUGCUCUAAGAUCAAAGCGCCUGUUCGGAGACGUAGUCGACGAUGACGUGAAUAUCUGCGAGGACGUCGUCCGCGAUGAAGGCGAAGACGAUGGCGUCAACGAGGAAGCCAUGGAUGUCCUAGCAGCGCUUAUGGAGUUCGAGAGCGACGUGGACUCCGAUGUGGAGUUCGAAGACAAGAGCGACGCUUUCCAGCAGGACGACGACGCUAUGAGAAGAUUGGAGUGGCGCGUUUACGAUCAGGCACAUUCCGACGAACUACAGUUGGACAAAGCUGCGGAACUUUACAGUGGUUCGUUCGGUGUCACGAGGUCGGCGGGAGCGUACGUGGAGUCGCCUACGGGAAUGUUUUUUGUUCUUCUUUCUUCCGAAGCAACUGUGGGCGCACAUCGCCAAUGA